AUGUAUGGAGUGCAGAGUAAGGUGCGUGCAGUUUGGUGGUACUGGAUAAGGACCAUGGUAUCCGGGUUUAAUCAGGGAUUCUGGAUGCGCUGUACAAAUACGUACAAGAAGUAUCCAUCCAUUGUUGAAGAAGCCAACUCCGAUUCUGAACUGCAGAUUACGCAUGACCCUUGUCUGCCGCUGUGCUGA